GGAUCACGUUGGAUAUUUGGUGAUAUCCUCUGCAGGAUCAUGACUUACACCUUGUACAUGAACAUGUACUGCAGCAUUUAUUUCCUCACCGUGCUCAGCGUGGUUCGUUUCGUAGCCAUCGUCCACCCGUUCAAACGUGAAAAAGUGACCAACAGGAAGUAUGCCAGGAUAACCUGUGGGGCCAUAUGGAUCUUUGUGCUGGCAGCUGCCAGCCCUCUGUUAAACAAGGGAGUUGCUGGCUACAGCAACCCAGCCAAAUGCUUGGACCUACACCCCUCCAGCACACACAGGGUGCUCAUGAUGAACAGCUUUGUCCUCGUCGUGGGCUUCAUUCUGCCCUUCUGCACAAUUGUGUUCUGCUACGUCUUUGCCAUCCGAGCGCUGCUCAAGGCCAGGGCUCCGCAGACAAAGAGGGCAGUCUGUCACAGGAAGGCACUGCUGACCAUUACCAUCAGUCUCAUCCUCUCCCUCGUCUGCUUCCUGCCAUAUCACAUCCUGAGAACUGCCCACCUGAUGCACAGCAGCUGCAGCCACGCCAACCUGCACCAGGCGCUGGUGGUCACUCUCUGCCUCGCUGCCAUGAACAGCUGCCUCGAUCCCUUCCUCUAUUACUUUACUGCUGAAAAUUUCAAAGCAAAAAUCAGAAGUUUGUGCUGCAGGUAGCUGGUGCAGAAUUGCAAAACAAUAUAUAUAUGUGUGUGUGUGUGUUUAUGUGUGUGUGUGUAUGUGUGUGUGUAUGUGUGUGUGUGUGUAUGUGUAUGGUCCUGAUGAGAUCUCUAGACUGGGCUCAUACUAUCCAAUGGCAGAGGCUGUGUGCUGUGCUGCUGGCCAGCCUGCAGCUCUGCUGCUCACUGUCAGGCACCUCUGGAGCAGAAGUCUCUGGGAGAGAGCUCUUUGUGGGUGACCAAAACUGAGUCAGGAUGAUCAGAGGUCAGGUGGCUGGGUAUGAUCCCUGGUUGUCUUCUGUUUAGCAGUGUAGAGAUACCUCUGUUGUUCACCAUCCCCAGGACAAGGCACUGAAAGGAAUUCACCUUCUGCUGGAGUCCCUUUAUUUCAUUUCACCAUACUGAGUGACUUGUAAGGGAAACUGCUCACCUGACCACUCCAGUGCCUGUGCUUGAACCUCUCAGCACUCCAUUUCCCUGCAUGUGCAGGGGUUCAGACACUGUGAUUCCCUACACAUUCACAGUACCCUGCCAAUUCCCCUUGCAAACACUGCCAAAGGGAUUGCACAUUAUAAAUAUUUAGCAUCACUGAUGCUUUCUACUGAGGUUGACUUAAAAAGCAGGAAGAGAGGCAAACAGGACCCAGCACCAGCUCAGGCUGCUCAGAAAUCACUAACAUUUCUUAAUUUUCCACUCUGAGCUAGCCACCAAGGUAUUCUGCUUAAUAUUUCACAGUUUGUCAAGGGAGAGAAUCAUUUCAAGCAAGUGGCAUCGCCAUGGAGUGCUGGGAGUAAGAUGACUGCUGGCAGUGAGGGCAGGAUGCAGGUGCCCAGAGCACUGCGCUGCAUCUUGUGUGGUGUCAAUUCCUUCAAGGUCACUGCAACACUUUGUUUUUGUGCCCAGUGUUGCCAGCGCUUUUCACAAAGCCGAGGCUAAGCAGUUCCAUCCUCAUGCAGGGAUCCAAAGACAAAUUUUAAAAUUAUUUUGAUCCAAAAGGGUAGCUAGGGAGUGGUUUCCUCUGUACAGGUAAAUCAGUCUGACACCAAACUGCUGCCAAAGGCAUUCCUAAUCCUUCAUCUUCAGUCCCCUCUGAGGGGGAAACUGAUCCCUUUUUUCAUAGGAUUAACUUCCUGUUGGUUUGAAUUUCCUACAUCAAACAUGAAAAAAUGCAACAGGGAAGCACUAACCCAGGUACAGGAGGAAAGAUGGACAACAGAGAAGGUGGAGGAGAGCUUUUAUUGAAAGCAACGGGAAUCUAUUCCUAUGUGUACUUUGGAAAAUUUCAUCAAAUGGCUGGCUGUAUUUGUAAGUCUCUGAAUAUUUUCUAAAAUAUGUU